CAAUGAUAUUACAAUACUUUUCGUAAAUUUCAGAGACUGCGCUUGACUUGUUUUAUAAAAUUUUACAAGUGACAAUCCGGUGGUCGUUUUUUAUAGUUCUAAGAUCCCUCGUGAGCAGGCUAGCAGCGCGGCUGCAUACAACAAGCAGCUUCAUCAUGAGCAUUUGUGCUUCGCUAAAUAUCCUGCGAUUAAAAACAAAUCUAAUAGUUCCGCUGUAUUAUGCAGUACAAGUUAACGGAUAUGCAAAACCAGGUGGCCUUGGAGGUAAGCUGGGAGGUAAGAUGAAAGGCAAGAUUAAGAUGGGAGUUUCGAUAGAAAAAAAGGUGCUUCCCGUUGAGACUGACACUCACAAGCUGAGAAAUUUUGUAUGCGGGAGUAACAUUCUGAAAGAAGGAUCUGAUAUCGAGGUCAAACCAGAUUCUGAGUACCCAGAUUGGCUAUGGAACAUUCACAUAGGAGAACCUCUACAAUUGGAGGAUUUGGAUCCAGAGUCAAAACUUUAUUGGAAGCGAGUGAAAAAGGCUGCACUCAAAAGACACAAUCUACUCUCUAAAUUAAAGCGUGCAUAACAUCCCAUAUAAUGUUAUUUAAUUUAGAUCGAUUUGUUGUAAUAUAUGUAAAUUCAUUGAUACACGUUCAUAGUAAAAUAAUCAACGUAACAACUA